AAUGGUGGCAUCCUCCCCCUCUGUUGUUCCGGCUGUGUCCCCUAACUCUGUUGCUCCGGCUGUGUCCCCUAACUCUGUUGCUCCGGCUGUGUCCCUCACUCUGUUGCUCUGGCUGCAGCUCAUUCUGUUGGAGCUCCUCAUUCAGCUGGUCACUGUGGUCAGAGGGUGUUGGCCUGCUCCCUUCCUCAAGUCUUCUUAAAGCCACGUAUUUUUGUGGAGCAUUUUUCUUCCUGGCUCCUCAAGUUGUUUUCCUUUCUUCGCUGUCUUGGGAGUCUUCUUCGUGCUUCCGGACGUCGGUUGAGAGAAGGACUUCUUCUUCCUUGUCUUGUUGGUGUUGGCUGGUGGUUGCUCUUCAACAACUGUACCGGAGGCUCUCAGUUUUCUCUUCAUCUUCAACAAGUCAAUCUAUCUCAAGGAUCUCACGUUGCAGCAUUCUUACCAGAGGCCACUGGGCCUGGAGUUCCAGUUCCAGUGUCUGGAGAGUCCACCUCAGCUCAGCAAUCUCAUGCCGGUUGGCAGUUGUCAGCAGAAGCCGAGGCCUGCCCAUCAGUUCUUUACUCUGAGGUGUUAGAGUGGAAUAAAAAUAUAAAUACUUAUACUAGUAUUCAUGGCUUCUGCUUAAUAUUGGGAUUGUUUUGUUUUGUUUUGGUGGUGAUAGGCUUACCUUACAUUAAACCAGGCCUUAGCCUUUCUGUGGCUUUGUUGUGGCAAAGCCUCAUAUUACUCUCUUGUCUGGUUCAGCAGGACAGUCAGGUCCACACCUGGGGCCGUUUGUUUUCUAUGUUUACCUCAACAUAAGGUACCUUAUCAUUGUCACCCUUCGUCUCCUGAUCCAAAAUAAAAUAAAAUGCCACAGGUUACUUGAUCUUG